UCUCUGUGUGUGUGAACUGUUUCCAGGUCUUUGUCAGACCUGAAGAUUAUCAUCAGAUUAUGAAGACGAGAAGAAGAUGAUUCAUUCAAAUCACUCCGUCCACUCAGUGUUCUGCUGCUGCUGCUGUACCGUCCAGACCAGGGAGAUCAGCACCUGCACGGAGGUGGAGCGGAGCUCCCUGUGUUUCCAGAGCAGACGAUACCCAGGACGCGCCCGCCGCGUGGACAGGUCCAGGAGGAAGCUCCCUCCUCCUCCUCCCCCAGAGGACAGCGGUGGCGAGGACUUGCUCACGGUCGUCGCCAUGUACGACUUCAAAGCCCAGGAAGACACGGAUCUGACGCUCAAACAGGGGGACGAGUACGUCAUCCUACACAAACAGGACCAGCUGUGGUGGAAAGCGCAGGACAAACACGGGAACAGAGGCUUCAUCCCCAGUAACUACGUGACGGAGAAGAACCGAAUCGAGGCAAACCCGUGGUACUGCAAGAACAUCACCCGGACAGAAGCUGAGCAGCUGCUGAGACAAGAGGACAAAGAAGGAGGGUUUGUGGUGCGAGAGUCGAGUCAGCGGGGAGUUUACACCGUGUCUGUUUACACCAAGAUGUUGAGUGCCGGCAGUGACGUAAGACAUUACCAGAUCAAAAUCAAUGACUCUGGAAAAUUCUUCCUGGCCGAAAAACACACGUUCAGCUCCAUAUCUGAGGUCAUCCGCUACCACCAACACAACGCAGCAGGUCUGGUCACCAGGUUGCGUUAUGCAGUGGGACCAAUGGGAAGGUGUUUACCUGCCACAUCGGGAUUCAGCUCAGAGAAGUGGGAGAUCAACCCGAGCGAGCUGACCUUCAUGAAGGAGCUGGGCAGUGGUCAGUUUGGCGUGGUGCGACUGGGAAAGUGGCGGGCUCAGCACAAGGUGGCGAUCAAGGCCAUCAGAGAGGGAGCCAUGUGCGAGGACGACUUCAUCGAGGAGGCCAAGGUCAUGAUGAAACUGUGUCACCACAAGCUGGUGCAGCUCUACGGCGUCUGCCUGCAGCAGCGCCCCCUGCUGAUCGUGGCUGAGUUCAUGGAGAACGGCUGCCUGCUGAACUUCCUGCGGCAGCGGGUCAGGGCCCUGAAGGAGGCGUGGCUUCUGUCCAUGUGCCAGGACGUGUGCGAGGGCAUGGAGUACCUGGAGGCUCAGAGCUUCAUCCACAGAGACCUGGCGGCCAGGAACUGUCUCGUCAACGAGCACAACAUGGUGAAGGUCAGCGACUUUGGAAUGACCAGGUACGUCCUCGACAACCAGUACACGAGUUCCAGUGGAGCCAAGUUCCCCGUGAAGUGGUCUCCUCCCGAAGUUCUGCACUACAACAAGUACAGCAGCAGCUCUGACGUCUGGUCCUACGGCGUGGUCAUGUGGGAGAUCUACUCGGAGGGUCGGACUCCAUUUGAGAACCGCUCAAACCUGGAGGUGGUCAACGACAUCACCAGAGGGAUCCGGCUGCACCGGCCGCACCGAGCCUCGCAGUCGCUGUACACCGUCAUGUACCGAUGCUGGCACGAGAAACCUCAUUGUCGGCCGUCGUUCUCCGAGCUGCUGGAGGAAAUCAGACAACGCGCAGAGAAUCCAGAUUAAUGCACAUAUUUUUUUAUAUUUUAAAAUGUUUUGAUGUUUGAUUUCUCAUCGUCCUUAUCCUAUA